AUGGAUGACUUCGAAGUAGUCUCAGUAAUCGGUCGCGGCCACUUUGGAAAAGUUGUCCUCGCAAAGAGAAAAACAACAGGUGACUUUUGCGCUAUCAAGUCAAUUAAGAAGAAAUGCCUCAUAGACCGUGCCCAGCUCUCCCUUAUUGUCAGCGAAAGAAAUACUUUGACUAAAAUUAGUCAUCCAUUUGUUGUGAACAUUCUGUUCGCAUUCCAGACAUGGAGCAAGUUCUACAUCGGCAUGGAAUACGUUCCUGGAGGAGAUUUAAUCGGUCUCAUGCGUAGAGUUGGAAAAUUAUCAAUGAAUGACGUUAUCAUUUACGCUGGCGAAGUUGCUUUGGCCCUUGAGUUUAUCCACUCAAAAGAAAUUGUUUACCGUGACCUCAAACCAGAAAACCUCGUAAUCAAUUCCGAUGGUCACUUGAAACUCGCCGAUUUCGGCCUUUCUAAGGAUAUUUCAGAGAGUAAAUUGACCAACACUUUCUGUGGUACCUCCGAAUACAUGGCUCCUGAGAUGUUAUUCAAAAAAUUUUAUGAUUAUUCAGUAGAUUGGUGGGCUUUCGGCAUUUUAGUGUAUGAAAUGAUUUUCGAUGCUACACCAUUCCAUUCUGAGCUCAAAGAUUCCACAUUCUCCAAGAUCAAAUACGCUGAUCCGACAUAUCCAGAAGGAACUGAUCCAAACAUCAUCAGUUUCAUCAAUGGAUUCCUCGAGAAAGAUCCUCACAAGCGUACAAAGUACUCAGAUGUUGAGAAUCACCCAUUCUGGCAGGGAUUAACAAGAGAAGACAUCCUUUCCAAGAAGAGAAGCCCACAAUUUAUUCCUAUAAUGGGUAAAUCAAUCUCUACUGAGUACUUUGACUCCAAAUUCACUGAAGAAAACCCAUUUGAAAGUGUCGCUGAACCAAUGCUUGAUGAUAACGACAUUUUCUUCGGUUUCUCUUACAUGGGAAGUGAAUCUUUAGAAGAAGAAUCCCCAUCUUAA